AUGUGACAACAAAGAAAACAACUUCAGUCGGCAGCUGGUGCUCCAUAUUGUUAAAGUAAGCAGGCUAAAGUUAGCAUGUUUGUUGUUGAUCUCCACUACAGCAUAAAUCGCCUCAGAAUGAAAACACGAGUUAAAUGGACACUGGUGAGAAAACAUAUUUGAUAGUGCAUCGAGUAACCAAAGCUAUGUAACAUGUCGUGAUUGUUAAAUGUUGUCGAGUAAAAGUUUAAUCUUGUUUACCUUUGGCUUGGACUAAACACACGUUGCGGUAAAGAGGAAAAAGCUUCCGAUAAGUCCCGGCGCCGGCAAUGUUCCCGUUACGUGAUUGGAGGAGAGCUUGUGCUUUACGGCCUCUCAUUGGCUCUUUGACCUGUCAGUUAAGAUGAUUGGCAGUGACGACAGCGCGUCGGACACAGCCACUUCCCGCGUGGUGGCGACAGAAGCUCACUCACUCAGUAAAUGUCAGAGAUGUGGACGGUGAAGGUGGUCGGCCUGGGAGUGGUGGUGCUCUCUCUCAGUGUGGAGCUGCUCAGCCGGCUCCUGCGUCGCCUCUGGCCUGGAAAACCCCUCAAUGAGGUCCUCUUCUUUCCCUCAGAGAUCGCCUGUGUGGAGCACAUCUUCCCUCCCUCGUUGCCUCAUUUCUGUUUGUGCCCAUUGCCUCAUGGCGUGGAGACCUCUUUCUCCCGUCUUCUCCGCCACAUCCUGUCUGCCUCCUCCUCUCUGGACGUGUGUAUCUUUGCCUUCUCCAACAUGGACCUGUGUAGGGCCGUUCUCGUGCUGCAUCGCAGGGGCGUCACCAUCCGACUCAUCAGUGACAAGGACUAUGCCAUCAUCACUGGCUCCCAGAUAGGGGUCCUCCGUAAGGCCGGGAUCUGUGCACGCUGCAACAUAAACUCUGUUUACAUGCAUCACAAGUUUGCAGUGGUGGACGGCCGGCUGCUCAUCACCGGCUCCCUCAACUGGACGCUGACAGCAGUGCAGAGCAACAUGGAGAACAUCCUCGUCACCGAGGAGCCAGACCUGGUGAGACCCUUCAUCAAGGAGUUCAACAGGUUAUGGGUGUACAACGAUCCAGGCUCACGUUACAACCAAAACCUGACGGAUUAGCCGUGAUGAAUGCUGAGUCAGAGCUCAUGAACCUCUGAGGUAAAUCUGUUCAGUCAGUUUGGCCACAAAACAUUUAACAGAAUUUCAUCAUAUCUUGUUAUGCAGAGCGUUUACCUUGUUACUUCUGGCUUUGGAGGACUUGACGGAAUACUUUACUCUAAAAAAUAUCAUUUGUCUAUCAAUUACUUGAAUUCUUUAGGAAACCUUCUCGCAUGUCUGUCGUCGGAUUCUUUGUUCAAUGUGGAGAACAUUGAACAAAGAAUCAGAUGACAGAGUAAGUCAUUAGCGGCAGAAGUGUUUUAUUUAGUACGAUUUAAACGUGUGUUUGAGAAGAGUGAGCAUACAAUUGGAUAAAUGAGACUUGUAUUAUGCUGCACGAGUUGUGUGAGCGUUUGUAAAUGGAUGUUUUGAUAUAGUUUUGCUGUUGUUGCAGCACCCAAUUACUUCAAUUCAUCAAGAUUUUCUCUGUUUUUAGAGCCUUUGUUCACUGUGGAGGCAUGCAGGAAAAACCUAAGUUUUCUUAAAGAGUUCAGGGCAGUGCAGGCUGAGUAAUUGAUAUUCAAAUUUUAAUUUUAUGGGUGAAAUAUUCAUUGAAAGUGAAAAUGUUACUGUUCAAUAUGACAUAAGUUUCAUGGCAGUUUUAUUUGAAACAUAUUAGACAUUAUUAUUUAAAGGUUCCUGUUUGAUUCAGUUUUUUAUUAUAUUUUACUGUUUGGCAGAGGCCUGAAUGAAGAUAAUAUCCACAACAUAGAUUUGGUCCUGUAGUAAAGAGAAUACCUCUGUCUCUGUUAGGUGAGAACAAUUCUUAAUUCAAGGCUUGUUUUAUUUUAUUUUUUUACAUAGUGUCACAGGUUGACAUUAUAUAGUUAAAGUUUCUGGGAAGAUUUCCACUGAGGAGACCAAAUGACUCUUCUUUCUUCCUGGUCAUUAUGUAAUCAAUAAUGAUAAAUUUGCCCCCUCAGAACUAAAGGGAUUUUGAGUUUAAUUCAUUUCAUUUUUUUAAAAACAGCAGUUGAUUUGUGUAUACCUUAAAUCUAAAUUACACUGGCUGUGGAAACCCAGUGUAUUGUUGCUACUGUAGACUCAGGGAGAUGUUUGCCAAGAACCAAUAAAAAAACCCUCUUUCACACUGCA